AUGCCCCCCAUCACUUUCACAAAUGAGGACUUCCACGCACCCGAUCCUGAUCAAGAUGACCCGAUGAUCAUCAUUGCCAAGAUUGCACGGUAUGGUGUAGGAAAAUUGCUCAUUGAUCAGGACAGCUUGAUCGUGGGAUUUGCGGGUGAGAGAGUGGACACCCGGGGGUACUUUGAUUUACGAACGCGCCUAGGUACUGGAUGGGAAAGUGAAGAGAAAGGAGUGAGGGCCAUAGUCUCCACGCCACAUCUCACCAUGAAAUACCUGACUAGCCGUGGCACAAUCUAUACCGUCCGGGUAGAUCAGAAGACGACCCGGGAGUGUUACGCUGCGGGCUUGAAAAUGUACCCAAAAAAGGCAAGGAGAAAAAUGAACAAGUUAGAGGUGGCAAUGGCCAACCUCGAUCCUCGGACCAACACCGAUGGCCGAUUAGAGCCAAUGGGAGAAACUCUACCGGUAAUCAUAGGUAAGGACGCCUCUCAAACGACUACCAUGGCGAGCGAUCUAGAGGAAGAAGUGGAGAAACAACUCCGUGUGAUUCUGUGGCGCAACCGAGAUUUGUUUGCGUGGACAGCGACGGACAUGCUGGGGAUUCACCCCUCGGUCAUGUCCCAUAAACUAGCUUUAUUUAAAGAGGCCCGCCUAGUGGCCCAAAAGAAGAGGAGAAUGGGUGAAGAGAAGCGGAAGGCUGUCGAGGCCGAGGUGAACAAGUUGAAGGAAGCCAGAUUUGUACGAGAAGUUACAUAUACCACUUGGCUGGCCAAUGUGGUCAUGGUAAAAAAGGCCAACGACAAGUGGCACAUGUGUACUGACUACACAGACUUGAAUAAGGCCUGCCCCAAGGACUCCCAUCCCCUUCCCAGCAUCGACGCCCAGGUCGACGGGGCAUUCGGGCACAAAAUUUUAAGCUUUCUCGACGCAUAUUCUGGGUACAACCAAAUACCCAUGUAUGCCCCCGACAGGGAAAAAAUGACAUUUAUCACUGAGAAGGCUAACUUCUGUUAUGAGGUCACACCCUUCGGGUUGAAGAACGCCAGCGCCACCUACGAAAUCUCCUAUCAACUUGGUCGGGUGGUGAAGGGAAAAGCCUUACGACCCCCAACAAGCCAAAACCAAGUUGAUGAAAGGAAAUAUCCUAUCAACUUGGCCGGGCGGUGA